CCGCCGCUUUAAGAGGCUGCUCCGCAGCAGCGAGCGGGGCCGGAGCCGCAGCCCGAGCGAGCAGAACUGAGCCGAGCCGGCAGGUGACGGCAGCGGCAUGACCGGCCACCACGGCUGGGGCUACGGCCAGAACGACGGCCCCUCACACUGGCACAAGCUGUAUCCCAUUGCCCAGGGAGACCGCCAGUCACCAAUCAAUAUCGUAUCUAGCCAGGCUGUGUACUCACCCAGCCUGAAGCCACUGGAGAUUUCCUAUGAGUCCUGUACAUCCCUCAGCAUCGCCAACAAUGGCCACUCUGUCCAAGUGGACUUCAAUGACAGCGAUGACCGAACUGUGGUGUCUGGGGGCCCCCUGGAUGGGCCCUACCGGCUUAAGCAGUUCCAUUUCCACUGGGGCAAGAAGCACGGUGUGGGCUCGGAGCACACGGUGGAUGGCAAGUCAUUCCCCAGCGAGCUGCACCUGGUUCAUUGGAACGCCAAGAAGUACAGCACAUUUGGGGAGGCGGCCUCAGCGCCCGAUGGCCUGGCUGUGGUUGGUGUCUUCCUGGAGACGGGGGGCGAGCACCCCAGCAUGAACCGUCUGACAGAUGCGCUCUACAUGGUUCGGUUUAAGGGCACCAAGGCCCAGUUCAGCUGCUUCAACCCCAAGUGCCUCCUGCCUGCCAGCCGGCACUACUGGACCUACCCCGGGUCCCUGACGACACCACCGCUGAGCGAGAGCGUCACCUGGAUUGUGCUCCGGGAGCCCAUCCGUAUCUCUGAGAGGCAGAUGGAGAAAUUCCGGAGCCUGCUUUUCACCUCAGAGGAGGAUGAGAGGAUCCACAUGGUGAACAACUUCCGGCCACCACAGCCACUGAAGGGCCGUGUGGUCAAGGCCUCCUUCCGGGCCUGAGCUGUCUACCUGCCCAGCCAGUCACCGGGGCACCAUCUUCCCAAGGGCUUCCAUGUCAGCAGACACCAAACCAUCCUAGGCUCCCUGCCUGGGGUUGCUGUGGAACCUCCUUCAGUUGGCUUGCUCCUUGGCCAUGCUGGAGGCUUCUUGACGGGACCCUCAAGUGGGGGGACACCUUUCAGCAGCCCUGGGGACAGGAAGGGACCUGAGCCGAGUGUGGUCCAAGCCUGAGGCUGCCUCUGCUCUCCAAGACCCAAAGGCCCCUGGGAACCUCCUCUUGUCUUCCCCACUGGCAGUGGCAGCAGCCCUACCCCGAGCUCACACUGUGACGGAUGAGACCAAACUCUCUGGGGCAAGCAGCUGGCACUCCCAGAAAGACUCAAGCAAUAAUUAGAAGAGUGGGCAGAGCUGCCCUCUCAGCAUUACCUCUUCUGCGGGCCUCCGCUAUGCACGCACCUCACUGCCAGGCCAUUAAAACUGGGACUCAGCCUGCUGCGGGGGACGUGGCCUUCUCCCUCCAGCCACCUGCUGCCAUAGGCAGGCACUGGCUACAGCUUAUGUAGUAUCUCCCUUCAUCCCCACCCAGCCACCAAAGCAACCUACAUGACAAUCCCUCCGUGCACUGAUUAAUAAAUUCAAUCAUUCAUGCAACAAA